GCAGGAGAGGGAGGCGCUGAGAGUCAUCCCGCUAAAGGAGAUCCACAAAGUUCAGGAGUGCAAACAGAGUGAGCUGAUGAUGAGGGACAACCUGUUUGAAAUGGUCACCAGCUCCAGAACCUUCUACAUUCAGGCUGACAGUCCAGAGGACAUGCACAGUUGGAUUAAGGCCAUCUCAGGAGCCAUCGUGGCCCAGCGUGGUCCCGGGCGCUCCGCUAACAUUAUCCGUGCGGCGCGGCGGUUGUCCAGCCCGUGUAUACAGAGGUAUACGCCGUUCUGCAGCGGUGAAUGCAGCACGUAUGUGACCCCACGACCUCUCCCCGUCAUCACCAUGUUAACCCCCGACACCAGCCCCCCCCAUCCUUUAACCGAGCACUGACCUGCUGCUCGCCGCAGGAGCUCUCUGGUUUCUGUCUGCACCCUGGAGGCGUUUUUACUCACACGACCAGAUAAAACGGCGUUCUGAGAGCGGCUGGCUUCAGUAACGUUCGACCGGAUGCUUCGGCAGCACGAAACGUUUAAAAAACAAACUGUGAUAUAGAAGCAGAGUUCUUGAAAUUCCCUGAAAACUUACACAUUUCCUGCAGUUAGGAAGGCGUGUUUUCUUAAAAAAACAUUUUAGAGGGAAAAAAAUGCCCAAAAAUUUUACA